AUGAUCUUGCGGGCGGGGACAAGAAAAGGGCUCGAGUCUGCGCGUCUUGCACUAUUCAUAGUGUGCAUAGUAGGUACUACGUUAUAUUUGUCCGCAACACAAACGCGGGGUAAACACGUCGUCUUUACAACCUCAAAGUGUAACGAUCGACUUUGUACAGAUCUCGAACGCACAAUUGAAUCAAACACCGAAGUCUUGUUCGCAAACUUGUGCCCAGAAAUAAUUGAGUUUGUGUCUGUACCGUCGCUUUGCCUUCAACGAAAUCGUUUUGGCGUCCCAGAGCUACACAGUCUGUUCAAGUAUGCUUAUGAAUUGUACCCGCGUGCGGUGACUUAUACGUAUGUAAACAGUGAUCUACUCACAGACAGAAGCUUUUACGAUACGAUCAGCAAAGUAAGCGAAAGUUUGAAAGGUCACGAAUUCGUCAUCAUUGGCUCGAGAGUCGACUCCGUUUGGAAGGAAAAUAUAUCGUCCAAUAUGUAUGAUUUUUCCGCACUAUUUCGCUCAGGAACUAGGGCGAGGCUGGAUGCUAUCGAUUAUUUCGUCACCACAAAAAGUUCCAUAGACUGGCACAGGGUGCCACCAUUCGUUAUUGGUCGACCAGCUUUUGACAACUGGUUGGUAAACUAUGUAGCUCAAUCUCCAAAUGUUAUUCUAGUGGACGCUUCAAAUACUAUAAAAAUGCUUCAUCAGUCAGUGAAGAGCGGUUUAGAUCACUGGGAGAGUAUGUCCGACAAAGAAAAUAGAGAUUACAACCGUAAGCUUGCACGUGGUGGCUACCACACUGGAUACAUUUAUGUGGCAAAGUGCCGUACACAAUACCAUUAUUUUGGGUUCCGUCUUACUGGCAACUGUAAGCCAUUCUGA